AUGAAUUGGACAUCCGUGUUCAUCUUUCUCGCAUUAUUCACAUGCGCGCAGAGUAAAUAUAAUCCGAUUCCAGUUGGAGCAGUCGUGAUUUCCACGACAAGCCAAAUUAUGGUUAUGAAACCGGUGGAAUACAAUGGAACCGAUGAGUUAGUUACUAUUUUCACAGCAAAUUCAAGCAUGAAGAUUAUUAAUACAGCAUAUGAUUCAACAACUCGCAGCCUGUUUAUUCAGUUUAUAAAUGUAUCGAUGAAUAACACAGUUUACUCGUGUCAAUUAGCUGCAGUUGAACAACUGGAUGCAAACAUUUAUGAGUUACCAAUAAAAAUCAACGCAAGCAGUAUUAAUCAACUGACUUCAUUCACCUCAGACGUUACUAACCGACGUAUUUUUCUCACAGACAGUUCGGGUAUAGUAACGUUAUUUUCGAUGAGUGGUCUCAUGCAAACAAUAGUCGCAGCACCCUCGAAUAUUACAGAUACAGUACGUUCGGCGGCUUAUUCAAAUAGUUUGGAUAAACUCUUCAUUAUAACCGACACGAGGUUAUACGCGUGUAUGAACUUCGAUAAUGCUAAUUUGUACUGUUGUGGAAGUAUAGCAAGUAGUAAUAAACUUCGUACCAUAUCAUUUGAUCAAAUCUUAUCCGACACAUACGUUUACGUCCUUGAUGAACGUUCUGGUAUCUAUAAAGUUGCAUUCGAUACAAAUGGAUGUCCGACAGCAUUGAAUCCUAUCAACACACUUGGCACUUAUUAUAAUCUUCAAUUUGUUAUCGAUCGUGGUUUAUAUUUUGCAUCUGGAGGUGUACAGUCAGCAAAUGAUAAUUCUAUUCUCGUUAUCGCAAACGGGACACAAACACCCCGAUCUAAAUACAUUGGCAUACCGAUUGUUGCACUUCAUAUAUCCAAUCCUAACACAGGCACGGUUUUAACAUCUGAAGAAACAUGUUUCAAUGGAAUAACUUAUUCAGAUUAUCGUGCCGCAGUCAUCCUUGCCGCUAUAUUUGGAACGAUCAUGGGUAUAUUCAUGUGUUUCAAUGCUCUGUUCUGCAUUGACUUCGUGAUGACUAAACGUAUCAUCCGUAAUUUGAAACGACAAAUUCCUCAUAAUUUACUGGAAGAUCGUUGGAAUAAGUUAGUUGAGGAAAAAUACGCAAAAAUUGCUCUUGAAAAACAACGACGAAAAGACGACCCACCACCGCCGAAACGUCAAUCAACAACGGGUACACGAAAAGCUCCACCGGCAACAACAGUCGAAGCAACAGACACGACUAAUCGAAGUGCUGGCGAGUCUCUUCAAGUUCCUAAUCCCAUACCAAGAUUAUCAGCGUAUCUUCGCCGUAAGAGUGAAAGCUAUUUGAGUCGCCGUCGAAGCGAUGAUUAUCGAAGCGCACGUUCUAACCAACGCGAUGAGAUAUCGGAAUUACCAUCACGCGUACCACGAGGUCAAGCAGGCGCACCUCAAAUUCAUAUUGCACCAGUUCAAGAAGAAAAUGAAAACCAACGAGGUCUCCGAUCGAACCUUAGUCGACAAGAACUACUCAAAGAUGCUGAUUUUCUCUAA